AUGGCAGCAAAACAACUUGCGUUUGAUGAAGAAGCACGGAGCGCUAUUAAACAAGGCGUUGACAAGCUCGCGGACGCAGUAAAAGUCACAUUAGGUCCCAAAGGACGGAAUGUCGUGCUCGAUAAGAAAUUCGGCGCACCGACGAUCACCAAAGAUGGUGUUACCGUCGCAAAAGAGGUGGAACUCGAAGAUGCCUACGAAAAUAUGGGCGCACAGAUGGUCAAAGAGGUCGCAUCUAAAACCAGCGAGGUCGCUGGAGACGGGACCACCACCGCAACGAUCCUUGCACAAUCUCUCUAUCGCGAAGGCUUGAAAAACGUCGCCGCGGGGCAUAACCCCAUGGCACUCAAACGCGGUAUUGAAAAAGCCGUCGAGGCAGUCGUUGGCGCAAUUCACGGCUUGAGCAAAGAGGUCUCGGAGAAAGCCGAAAUCGCACAAGUCGCCGCUAUUUCCGCAAAUAAUGACAACGCUAUCGGCGAUCUCAUCGCUGACGCUAUGGAAAAAGUCGGAAAAGAUGGCGUUAUCACCGUCGAAGAAGCAAAAAGCCUCGAAACGACACUCGAUGUCGUCGAAGGUAUGCAGUUCGACCGCGGCUAUCUUUCACCGUACUUCGUCACUGAUGCCGAUCGGAUGGAAGCCGUUUUAGAAGACGCCGCAAUCCUCAUCCACGAAAAGAAAAUCAGCAGCCUCAAAGACCUCGUUCCUGUCUUAGAACGUACCGCACAACAGGGCAAACCGCUGUUGAUCAUCGCUGAAGAUGUCGAAGGCGAAGCACUCGCAACCGUCGUUGUCAACAAAAUUCGGGGAACACUCCGUUGUGUCGCCGUUAAGGCACCCGGCUACGGUGAUCGCCGUAAAGAAAUGCUCGAAGACAUUGCCGUCUUGACAAACGGACGCGUCAUCUCCGAAGACCUCGGGAUUAACCUCGAAAACAUUACCUUGACCGACCUCGGCAGUGCCAAACGCGUUGUUAUCGACAAAGACAAUACAACCAUCGUUGAAGGCGAAGGCACAACCGAAGCCAUCCAAGGUCGUAUUGACCAGAUUCGUAGGCAGAUCGAAGACACAACAUCCGACUACGACAGCGAGAAAUUGCAGGAACGCCUCGCAAAACUUGCCGGUGGUGUUGCCGUCAUUAAUGUCGGUGCCGCUACAGAAGUCGAGAUGAAAGAGAAGAAAGCGCGUGUUGAAGACGCAAUGCACGCCACACGCGCCGCCGUUGAGGAAGGUGUUGUGGUCGGCGGAGGUGUCGCACUCGUGAGAUGCCAAGCCGUACUCGAUUCGCUUAAACUCAGCGAUCCCACGGAACAAGUCGGUGUCUCUAUCGUCCGCCGUGCACUCGAAGAUCCGCUCCGUCAAAUCGCGAAGAACGCCGGACAGGAAGACUCCGUCAUCAUCGCAAAAGUCAAGGACGAAGGCGGAAACAUCGGCUACGAUGCACAUCAAGAACGUUUCAUCGACAUGUUUGAAGCGGGUAUCCCCGAUCCGACAAAGGUCGUACGGGUGGCGUUGCAAAACGCAGCCAGUAUCGCAGCAUUGAUGAUUACCACCGAAACCCUCAUCGCAGAAUUGCCUGAGGCGGCAGCACCAGCGGCACCCCCGAUGCCGCCGGGUGGUGACAUGUACUAA